CUGCUUCUUGUUCCAGUACUGAUUUUUAAGCGAGCAGUGACACGACCAUAUCAGACAGCGAGAAAAGCGGGAUUGUACUGCGUUCAAGUGGUUUCUGCUUGAGGAUACGUAAAAGCCGCUUCUAGUUUCUGAACAUCUGGGCAGAGAUGUAACAGUUUCCUGGCACUGGCGUUGUGUUUUUCUUGCUUUUGUUGUAUUUGUUGUGGGGACCUCCCUAAAGCUUCAACUCAGGAACUCUGACAUUCCCUGUCUUGGCAGCUACACUGUUUUCCUUUUGCCGCAUGUGCAGAAAAUGGCAACUGCUCUCAGUGGACGCCCACCUAACAAUCGGAAAGGCCGUAUUUUAGGCAUUAUUGACGCCAUCCAGGACGCUGUCGGACCCCCCAAGCAGGCGGCCGCGGACCGCCGGACCGUAGAGAAGACAUGGAAGCUCAUGGACAAAGUAGUGAGGUUAUGUCAGAACCCCAGAUUACAGCUGAAGAACAGUCCUCCGUACAUCCUGGAUAUUUUACCUGACACUUACCAGCACCUGAGGCUGAUACUGUGCAAAUACGAAGAGAACCAGAGACUUACUCAGCUAAGCGAGAAUGACUAUUUCAAAGUGUACAUCGACAGCCUGAUGAAGAAAUCCAAAAGAGCAAUCCGCCUCUUUAAGGAAGCCAAGGAGAGAAUGUAUGAAGAACAGUCACAAGACAGACGGAACCUCACCAAGCUCUCGCUGAUCUUCAGUCACAUGUUGGCCGAGAUCAAAGCCAUCUUUCCAGGUGGACAGUUCCAAGGAGACACAUUCCGCAUUACCAAGGCAGACGCCGCCGAUUUUUGGAGAAGGUCUUUUGGCGAAAAGACAAUAGUGCCAUGGAAAAUGUUCCGGCAGUGCCUUCAUGACGUGCACCCCAUCAGCUCCGGGUUGGAGGCCAUGGCUCUGAAAUCCACCAUCGACCUCACUUGCAAUGACUACAUCUCCGUCUUUGAGUUUGACAUUUUUACUCGUCUUUUCCAGCCGUGGGGCUCGAUCCUGAGGAACUGGAACUUCCUGGCAGUCACGCACCCGGGCUACAUGGCGUUUCUGACGUACGAUGAAGUGAAGGCACGUCUGCAGAAGUACAUCAACAAACCUGGCAGCUACAUCUUCAGGCUGAGCUGUACGCGGUUAGGACAGUGGGCCAUUGGCUACGUCACCAGUGACGGUAACAUCCUGCAGACCAUCCCACAUAACAAGCCACUGUUCCAGGCACUCAUCGAUGGAUGCAGAGAAGGCUUCUAUCUGUUUCCAGACGGCCGCAGUUAUAACCCAGAUCUCACAGGCCUGUGUGAACCCACCCCACAUGACCACAUUAAGGUCACACAGGAGCAGUAUGAGUUGUACUGUGAAAUGGGAUCCACGUUUCAGCUGUGUAAGAUCUGCGCUGAAAACGAUAAAGAUGUAAAGAUAGAGCCAUGUGGUCACCUUAUGUGCACUUCCUGUUUGACAUCAUGGCAGGAUUCUGAUGGUCAGGGUUGCCCGUUCUGUCGCUGUGAGAUCAAAGGCACUGAGCCCAUCAUUGUUGAUCCGUUUGACCCACGCAACGAAGGGGCCAAGUGCUUCCUCCUGGACCACUUCAACUCCCCCAUGCUGGACCUGGAUGAUGACGAUGACAGAGAGGAAUCGUUGGUUAUAGACCAUAUCAGGAAGUCCAUGGAGAUCCAGAACUCUCCAAUAAUGUCUCCAAACUCAUCCCCUGUGUGUGAACGCCGGAAAACCGCUGCAGAUCACAUGGGUCCACACUUGAACAUUCCACCCGUACCGCCCCGCCUCGAUCUCAUCCGUUCCCCUGCUCCUAGUCCCACAGGCUCACCCAAGUCAUCUCCAGGCAUGUCCAGAAAACAGGACAAACCCCUUCCUGCCCCUCCACCUCCACAGAGAGACCCCCCUCCCCCACCUCCGCCAGAACGCCCACCUCAUAUGCCUCAAGACGGUCGGGCCGCCUGGCUGGUCACCCCAUCGUCUGGCCUUCCCAGAGACCCCAGAGCACCCCUGGAGGCCUGGAGCCCUAAAGACAGCACUGCCUUGUCAGACUGCAGGACGUCUGCUGCAGACCGCUCCCCCAAACUCGCCCACGCUGCCCCUGCGCACAUCAACGGGAGACCCCUCAGCUGCUCCGGAGCAGACUUGGGGUUAAACCGGACCAGCCACAGACUGAACGUGCAGACAGAGUGUAGUAAGUCUUUCAUCAACGGUCUGUUACCUGGUGAUGAGUACGAUGUCCCCCCUCUGCGUCACUCCCCUCCCCUUGUGGACCACAACCAGAGACACACCAACCCCUUCACAAGCCACCGGAGUCUGACGGACAGAGUGGAGGACGAGUAUCAGAUUCCCUCAUCACAUCCCGUCUGCAUCACACAGCCGCCUGUCUGUAUCCCCUUCCGCAUCCACAACAGGGUUUUAGAAAAUGGCUCGUCGGAUCUCUCAACAGACAUAAAGAAACUUAAACCUCCAGAGCAUGGUGGGUUUGACUCUGGUUCGUUGAUUUCAGGUGUGGCUCACACCACACAGUGCCCCCUCCACAACAGGACACCCUCAGACUACGACAUUCUACUGCCCCCUCAAGCGUCUCCAAUGGAAGACCCGUUCAACUCUCUUCCUCCGUCCCAGCCUCCUCCUCCUCCCCCCAUCAGGAACAGUUUCAUAGAGCCCUCCUCCUCCUCACCCUACCCCAGACCUGCCCGCCCCUCGUCUGGACACGAUCACUUCCUGCUCAGCCCUGACACUUUCAUAGACCAAUUAAAUAACUCGGCUCCCAAUCCCCCUGUGCGGAGACAAACCGGAGACAACAUGAAGACGCCAUUCAAGGCUCCACAAGACUAUGAUCAGCUGCCGCCAACCUCAGUGGCCGGAGACCACUUCAGGGCACCUGAGAGACCUCCAAAACCACUUCCCAGGAUCAUCCCACCAGACAUCCACAGAAGACCGCAUGAAUCGUCCCGGGAGAACGUCGACGCCAAGAUCGCCAAGCUGAUGGGGGAGGGCUACUCCUUUGAAGAUGUGAAACGAGCGCUGAUGAUCGCGCAGAACAAGGUGGAUGUGGCACGGAACAUUUUGCGAGAGUUCGCACUAGUUGCCCCUAGGCAGAGCCUGUAACCUGCGCCGAAGUGAUUUCAAACUAUAACUACGACUGUCUCUGAGCGUAUAAACUGCAGGCUGACUUCUGCUUGCUUUCGUUUAGCACAUACAGCAAAUGAGACGAAAAUGUGUGCUUUUCCGCCAAAAGGAGCCAAACGGAGUGUUGCAUUUGUAACAAUGGGAUCCUGUGAAAAAACAAAAAAAGCCUUGUGUUUACAGUGACGUGGCUUAUCUGCAGCGCUCAGGUCAUCGUCGUUACAGCUCGGGAGGUUCAAGAGAGGAAUUGAAAUAGAAUUUUUUCAUAUUUGGAGGUGUCCAUCCACAUUUUAGAGUGGAUUUGCUGCGUCCUUCAAAGCAUUGACGUUUGUACUUCUCUCAAAUUGGCUGGACGGAAAUGAAAGCAGCUCUGAACGCUUCUGUUUGUGUUGCCAGUGUCUGCAGGCUGUUCAUGCCUUUCCUGCCACUGCUGCUGCCGCACACAUAAAUAUUACCCACAUCCAGCCGCUCCUUCCUGGCCUCUUGGGUAUCAUGAAUUUUACAGUAAUGGCUCUCGCUGUGACCGUUUCUCCUUUAUCUCAUUAAUUCGCCGUGAACAUGACAAACCAGAUCGGAUUGUUUGAGGCAGGGAAAGAGACGGACAUCGAAUAUCAGGUUCACAGUUCUCUUUCCGUCAGCUUUUUCAGUUGAGCCACUUUUUAUCAACUCUUAACGGAUGCCUUUGACAACUGCGUGCAUUCCAGCGUUCGCAAGCAAGGGCUAAUAUGGUUGUUUCAUUUUCUGUAAAUAGGGCCUGUCAACUCGUGAAAUAAAACAUACCCGAAUGCCCCCUUUGAAUGCAUCGGUUCCUUAUUUAUUUUAAAAUUAGUGCAGUACGGGAGAAGCCACCUAAACCUUCCCCGUCCCUUUUUUCAGUUACCCUCAGCCCACUUGCACUGACGCGAUAUGCAAAAAAAAAAAAGAAAAAAGAACUGGACAUACACCAUUUGUAUAAGCGUCUGGCAAACAAACCAAAAAGAUGCAGAAUAUCAUCUACGAGUCAUUUUAAUGGUUUGACGUAAUAGUGAUGCCCACAAACUGAAGAAAACUCCAGCAACCGCUUCAUUCAAGGCCUUUUGGGAGUUCUGUUUUUUUCCCCCCACUGGCUGUUUGUCAUUCCUCCCUAUCAGGUUUUCUCUUGAACUUGAAACUUAAUUUUUGCACUGGUCUCGCUCUCCAUCUUACACUUGAAAGUCUGAGAACUGAGUGGACCCUCCAGCGAAAGAGGACAUGGCCUUCGACAGGUUCACAAGGGGAACGGUUUCUGUUCAUUUCCCCUCUUCUUUUUACGAGAGAUUUUAGUUUGUUGGAAAAUGCCUUGUGGAUCAUUUAAAACCAGUGAUGUGUGCAAUUAAUUUAUACUUUGUUAAAAGUUUUCUUGGAGAUUAUUAUCUUCUUCUUUCAGUAAUGUUGGUAACCCGUGAUCUGUUCUUGUGGAUAAAAAAAUCGUUUUAUAAAAGCCAGUAUUAACA